AUGGAGAACCUUGAUGAGGAUUGCAAUCUCUUUUGGGGAACCAGUAUGUUCUUCCAGACUGAGGAACUUGACAGUUGGGGAUUCGAUGAGGCGAACGAGGCGAUUUCAGGGUACUACGAUUCAAGCUCUCCUGAUGGAACAGCGUCGGCUUCGUCGCCUACUGCGAAGAAUAUUUUGUCGGAAAGGAAUAGGAGGAAGAAGCUCAAUGAAAGGCUCUUUGCACUUAGAGCAGUAGUCCCCAACAUUAGUAAGAUGGAUAAGGCAUCCAUAAUUAAAGACGCGAUCGAAUACAUCCAAGAGCUGCAACAGCAAGAGAAGAGAAUCCAUGCUGAAAUAACAGAGCUUGAAUCAGGAAAAUUGAAGAAGAAUCAUCACAGCACUGAUUCCGAAAUCCAAAAUUCAGCUCGUUCGAGAACUAAAAAGAAGAGAAUUGAUCAAAAUUAUGGGUGUGGGGGAUCAAAAAGAAGUUCUUCAGUUGAACUCUUGGAGCUUACGGUUUCUUAUGUUGGGGAGAAGACAUUGGUUGUGAGCUUAACAUGUGGGAAGAAAACAGAUACUAUUGUGAAGCUUUGUGAGGUUUUUGAGUCAUUGAAGCUUAGAAUCAUGACAGCUAACAUCACUGCCUUUUCUGGGAGACUAUUGAUGACGGUGUUCGUUGAGGCUGACCAAGAGGAGAAAGACCACUUGAAGACAAGGAUCGAAAUGGCCAUAGCAGCUCUCAGUGAAACACAAAGUUCUAUGAGCUUUUAGUGACAUGAUGACUUACCCAUCCCCAAAUUCAUCUUCCCGUCUUGUACUAGUUGUUGUUACCCACAGGGUUUCUAGUUUUUUUUUUUUUUUUUGGCUUUUAUCUUCAUCGAGAUUAAAUAUUGGUUUAAUAAAUUUUAAGAUCUAAUCCAGUAAAUCCAUCAAGAUUUUCCUCGUUAGUUGAUGGAUGCUUUUGCCAUAUUGUAUAUAUUUUUU